AUGAUUGUCACCAAAGGUGGACGGAAAAUAUUUCCGAAAAUUGAGUACAAGAUAUUUGGAAUGAAGCCUGAUGAACCAUAUGCAGUUAUGUUGCGAAUCGAACGAGUCGACGAGAUGAGGUAAGU